GAGGAUGUUUCUCCACUCGCCCAACCCUCCAUGUCUGUGGUGAAGUUGAUCGACUUAGUGCUGCCCAAGGAUGCGGUCUACCUGGCUGGCUCCUGCAUAAAAGGGCAGGUAGUUCUAACCCUGAACAGCACCUUGGUGGACCCCAUUGUGAAAGUGGAGCUCGUGGGAAGGGGCUACGUGGAGUGGAAUGAAGAAACUGGGGCAUCCCGUGAUUAUAGCAGAGACGUUAUUUGCAACAACAAGGCUGACUACGUACACAAGACAAAGACGUUCUCAGUGAAGGAUAAUUGGUUAAGUGCAGGCAGCCACACCUUUGAUUUCCAUUUCAACUUACCUCCCAGGCUUCCUUCUACCUUCACCAGCAAAAUUGGCCAUGUCUUCUACUUCCUGCAAGCCUCCUGCAUGGGCCGGGAGCACAUUCUAGCGAAGAAGAGAACGUACUUGUUGGUUCAAGGGACUUCGGACUUCCACAGAGAACACCCACCGCAGAACCCCCUGUUUGUGGAGACUGAGAAGAAGGUCUCCUACAACUGCUGCAGCCAGGGCACCAUCUGCCUGCAGAUCCGAAUGGAAAAGAACACCUUUGUGCCAGGGGAGAGAAUCAUCUUCACCACAGAAAUCAACAACCAGACCAGCAAAUACAUCAAGACUGUCAUCUUUGCCCUCUACACCCACGUGCAGUACGAGGGCUUCACACCCAAAGCAGAGCGGCGGUCACGAGUGGAUAGCAGUGAGCUGCUCCGGCAGGAGGCCAACACCCAAAUUACACCCUUCAACACCACCAAGAUUGUCAGCAUCUUCAACCUCCCGCAGGUGUUGUCUGUGAGCAGCGACAUGCAGGACGGCAACAUCAUGAGCAGCCAGUACGAGCUGGUCGGCACCGUCCACCUGCCCUGGUCCCUGACCAGUGUGAAGGCCAAGGUUCCCAUCAUCAUCACCAGCAACGCCCCAGACUCAGACACCUGCCAGCUGCAGGAGGGGUCAGUGUUAUCUAUGAGCGAGGAUUGCCAGAAUUAA